CCGGCGCUCCCAUUGGCCGGCGCCCCGCGCACGCCGCCCGCUGAUUGGUCGAGAGGCUCGGCCAGUGCCGGCCGCCGCCGCCGCGCUGCUACUUUCAAAAGAGCCGGGGCCGGCGGCGGCGGCGGCUGCGCAGAGGCCAAGAAAGAGGAUGCCGGUGGCACGCAACACCAAGACGCUGAGCACGAAGCAGCCCCGAGCAGGGAAAGGGGCCCCCAUCACCGAGAAUGUUGCCCCCGAGAAGGAGGAGAGCUGCCAGGCCAAGCGGUCCCCGUCCUCGCCCCAGGGGGGGCCCAAGAAGCGCUCGGCGUUCGGGGACCUCACCAACGCUCACAAGAACCAGGCGGUGGCGGGGAAGAAGGAUGGGGUGAAAUCCGCCCCCCGCAAGGCGCCGAGGGCCCCCGCUGCCAAGAACAACGAAGCCAACCUGAAAAAGUCCCUGAAAAAAACGCCCCUGACAGAAGAAUCCGAGGAGUCUGAGAAAGAUCCCGUGCCUGAGGAGCCUGUGCAGGCCCCCGUGUUGGAGGACAUCGACAAGGAGCAGCUGGGCGACCCCUACGCCAACGCCCAAUACGCCAAGGACAUCUUUGACUACAUGCGGGAGAGGGAGGAGAAGUUCCUGCUCCCUGACUACAUGGAGAAGCAGGUGGACAUCAGCAGGGAAAUGCGUGCCAUCCUGGUGGACUGGAUGGUGGAGGUGCAGGAGAACUUUGAGCUGAACCACGAGACGCUGUACCUGGCGGUGAAGCUGGUGGACCACUACCUGGUGGAGGUGGUGAGCAUGAAGGACAAGCUGCAGCUCAUCGGCUCCACCGCCGUCCUCAUCGCCUCCAAAUUCGAGGAGCAGUGCCCGCCGUGCGUGGACGACUUCCUCUACAUCUGCGACGAUGCCUACAAGCGGGAGGAGCUGGUUGCCAUGGAGAAGAGCAUCCUCCGCACCCUCAACUUCGACAUCAACAUCCCCAUCCCCUACCGCUUCCUGCGGCGUUUUGCCAAGUGUGCCCGUGUCAACAUGGAGACGCUGACGCUGGCCCGCUUCCUCUGCGAGAUGACCCUGCAGGAGUACGACUACGCCCGGGAGCGCCCCUCCAAGCUGGCCGCCAGCUGCCUGCUGCUGGCGCUCACCAUGAAGAACCUGGGUGGCUGGACCCCCACGUUGGAGUACUACAGCGGGUACCGCGCGCAGGACCUGCACCCCCUGGUGAAGAGGCUGAAUUUCCUGCUCACCUACCAGCCCUGCGACAAGCUGAAGGCCGUGCGCACCAAAUAUUCGCACAGGCUCUUCUUUGAGGUGGCCAAAAUGACCCCCCUGGACAUGCUGAAGUUGGAGGAGAAGCUGAAGAGCUAACCCUGCCUCUGUACAUAGCCUGUAAAUAGUUGGGUGUCCUGCUCUGGGAGCACGGUGUACAUAGGAAAAAAAAAAA